GUGGAGGACCAGAACCAGCCAGGAACUUGAAUCCAGAUCAUUUACAACCAGGUGCUGAUGAUGAGAAGUCACACUCCUCUGAACCUGAGACUGAUGACAGCUGUGACUGGGAGGACGUCAAAGAACCUGAGUGGGGUUUGAACUCUCUGCAGAACAAUGAAGUAUCAGUAAGUGAUGUGGGAUGUAACACUGGAAGAAAACCAGUUAGCUCCUCUGAAUGUGCUACAAGCUCUGGCCACACAGAAGGGAGAUUGAGACCAUUAACAUGCUCAGUUUGUGGUAAAAAAUGCCGCAGUAAGAACACUUUAAUCUCUCACAUGAAAGUUCAUUUAAAGGGACACAGUUCCAUCUGCUCAGUUUGUAACAAAUCUUUUCGGUGUAGAGCAAUUUUGAUGGCACACGUGAGAAUUCACACCGGGGAGAAACCCUACAGUUGCAUAUUUUGCGGCAGAAGAUUUGCACAAAAGUCUCACCUGAAGCGUCACUCUCAAGUCCACGCGAAGGAGAAACCAUUUAGUUGUUCGCUUUGUAAUAAAAGAUUUACGAUGAGGUCAUCUGUGAAACGACACAUGAAAAUCCACGCCAAGGAGAGACCGCCUCGACGUUUGUAAUGAAAGACUCACUCAGCUCGCUUCUGUGUGCUGGCGAGAGCAGCAGACGGAAAUGAAUCCUGCAGAGUUGCUCGUUGGGCCGAUUUCUUCCAGCAGGUUUGCGCAGUUGCCUUUCAAAGCCAAGGUUCAGGUUUUCCAACCCUGUUUUCUUACAAUAUAGAUCCCGCAUUAUGUUGAGAGAGUUUAUGGUUGCUGUGCUCGUUCUUCCAGUCCACGCAUCAGUAACAGAUCAGUUAUUUACUUCCUUUCAUACCAGGUUUAAAAUGGGUUUGAACAGUUCACUUAAAUGUAGCAAAAUCCGUCCAAACAUGUUUAUCUUGAAGAUGAAAACCUCAUCACCUUAAAUAAGCUGUCUUUUUAUCUCUUCUUAUCUUUCUUAUCUUUAUUUAUUGAAGUACUUUAUUCUUAGGGUUAGGGUUAGUGAUUUCUGUGUGAUUUAUAUAUUU